AUGUCUACUGCUUCUGCGACAACUGAUUUGAAACUUAACGACGAAAAGAAAAGAAGGAAGAUGAUUAAGAUACCCAAGUUUUUGAAGUCCAUCAGAAAGAGAGCAUCCAAUCUGUCUGAAGCGUUAAAACCUAUCACAACUGAAAUAUUAAAUCCUACAAUGACUGAAACAUCCCAUUCUGAGACAAUUGAGUCUCUCUAUAAGUAUGAAACAUUACCAGGGCAAACGCAAAAAUUUCUGGCUGACGAGGAAUCUGCCUUAGAAUUUGACAAUGAAAUAGCAUUCAACCUUAUCUUCUUCUAUGAUAAUAUUGACAAAGGAAUAUUUAAUGAACAUAAAGACGAAUGGGUAUUAGUAUAUAAACAGCAAUUGAUAAAAUAUAGGCCAGAAUAUACGAGAAAGAAACUAAAGGUCCUCGAAGAAGAAAUGCCUGGUGCAAUAUAUUUGCCAGUUGAUAAAUCGCGUCGUGAUGAUCUUUUAAAGUCUCUGCUAGCAAGAACUGUAUCUGCUCGACAUGUUAAUCAAGAACACAUGAUUAGGAUUCAGGUUAGAAGGACAGGAACAACUAAUUCUGUUAUUCUCGAAUAUAAUUUUAAUGACCCUGUUGAAGGUAAUAAAUUGUAUAAAUCUGUUAUUGAUUCAGAUGUGCCAGAAAUGACCCUUCUUUAUCAUGUCUGUAGCACACUUGGAAAACAAGGAUGGAGAAAUCAAAGUAUGAUUGCUAACAGAUAUGGACACCCUAAUCGUAUUUUUUAUGCAUCAGAUACAUUUGAAGUUUCUAUCGGAAACAAUAAUAGAUGGAGUAAAUGGGUGGGCAUAGAUACCCUUAGAGUUUGGCAAAGAAGACCUGAUAAUAAAAUAGACAAUACCGGAAUGCAAACAGAUAAUAAUAGUUUUUCAGAUAAAGCAGUACAAACUGAUUCUUUGGAUAAAGCAACCCAAACAGAAGGUAUUGAUUUCUUAGAGCAAAUUAAAAAGGCUAAUAUAUUGUUAACUGACGCGAUAAGCAUCUUAUCUAAUAUUUAA